AAGAAAACAGCUAACUUGAAAACCUGUUUUCUCCAAAUUACGCCAAUCCCACUCAUUUCACUUUUUAAUCGUGCACGAUUGGCGAUUCCACUAUCGGCGUAUAUAAGUGUGUUUUCGGUAUAUAAUACGUUAUAUUAUUAUCGCUUCUUGUGUUUUAACCGCUGCUGAAUGCUUUCGUAUCAAUCGUCCAAGAUUUAGUUUCACUCUCCUGUUCGUACACGUAUACCUAUAGGUGCACAACGUAGACAACAAAUAUUUGCAAUAUGGACAUCAAUGAUAAAGUAGCCAUAGUCACAGGUGGAAUAAAAGGAAUCGGUUUCGUCACCGUACAACAUUUACUACGUCAUGGAGCCCACUACGUUGCUAUAUUCGAUUUGCUCGUUGCUGAGAGUGAUGUUGUACGAACGGCUUUUAAAACCUUGGAGCAAGAGUUUGACAAGGUUCGAUUCGGGUACUACCACUGUAAUGUAGUUAAUCACGAGGAAUUUAUCGCUCAGUACAACGACGUCACACAGUCGAUAAGAAACGUAGAUAUACUCGUCAACAAUGCAGGGAUCUGCAAUGAUAAUGAUCCGGAUCUGACGAUUGCCGUUAACAUAACAGCGGUUAUAAAAUGUACAAUGUAUGCAGUUGAGCGUAUGGGAACUCACAGGCUUGGCAAAGGAGGCAUUGUUGUCAAUAUAGGUUCGAUUUUUGGAUUGACGAACAUACCUACCAUCCCAGUGUACAACGCGACGAAACAUGCUGUCGUUUCUUUCGUCAGAUCAUUGAAGGAACACAACGAGAAUCUGGGUAUGCGUAUCGUUUGCUUAUGCCCAGGUAUGACCAAAACAUCUAUGACCACAGAUUAUAAUCCUAGAGCCAUACUUUUAGAUUUCAUACCUCGAAACGUCAUUAAUGAUAACUUAGAACUGUAUUUGCAGGACCCAAACAACGUAGCUGCAGCUAUCGUGGAGAUAGUGAAAAGAGGAAAAGGUGGCGACGUUUGGCUGGUGCAAAAUGGUGAGUCUCCAUUCAAUACAAAAGAUGUGACCAAAGUUAAAGAAUUGAGGACAGAGUUUUAAAAGUACUUUUAUCAUAAAGCAUUAUAGAUUACAUUGUAUAAAUGCAUAAAAAAUAUCUAAAAAUAAAUUUUUUUACAAUACGA